AAACGACGCGAUGACCGCUCUCACGUUCCUCUCUGAUAAGAUUCUAAUUUGGUCAAUCGGAAUAUAAUUUUUAUGUGUUCGCUUGGUCACGUGAUUCGAUCUCUACCGACGUCCCUUUGUGUUCGCGCGAGUUGUGUGUACGGAAAAGACCGUGUUUGAGCUAUCCGUUUGGCGUUUCGUUUCAUUUUAGAAUGAAUAAUUAUAAAUUUCCUUGGCUGUUAGCUACAACGAAUUAGUCGCCAGUGAACAGAAGCGACGGUCGGACACGGGAUUUCGUCACCCAUUGAAGGAACCGCGUAAGGUUUGAAACGUUUGUAAGGUUGAAAAAACGAGGUUAAGUCCUCCUCAUUCUUCGGCUGCCCUAACCUUAUCGAUUCGACGCUACGGCGGUGACGGCAGGCUCACCGGACCGCGACAGAAUUUUUCCGGGAGGAACAUGAGGUCCGUAUUCUCCGCGUUUUCCUCGACGAGCACAGACGCGUCCGCUGCUGCGGCGUGACGCCGCGAAUCUCUGGUCGCGCGCGGCUAACCUCAUCUCACCGACAUGAGCUACAACAAGAAGGUGGCGUACUUCUACAAUCCGGAGGUGGGUAACUUCCACUAUGGACCAGGCCAUCCGAUGAAGCCGCACCGGCUGUCCGUGAUCCACAGCCUCGUGCUCAACUACGGCCUCCACCGGAAGAUGCAGAUCUACCGGCCGUACCGCGCCAGCACUCACGACAUGUGCCGCUUCCACUCGGAGGACUACGUUGAUUUCUUACAGCGCGUCACGCCGCAGAAUCUGCAGGGCUACACCAAGUACCUCAGCCACUUCAAUGUGGGAGAUGAUUGUCCCGUGUUCGACGGCCUCUUCGACUUCUGCUCGAUGUACACCGGCGCCUCGCUGGACGGCGCGACCAAGUUGAACAACAACUGCUGCGACAUCGCCGUGAACUGGAGCGGUGGCCUCCACCACGCCAAAAAGUUCGAGGCGUCCGGCUUCUGUUACAUUAACGACAUUGUGAUCGCCAUACUGGAAUUGCUUAAGUACCGCGCCCGGGUGUUGUACAUAGACAUAGACGUGCAUCACGGGGACGGCGUGCAGGAGGCCUUCUACCUGACCGAUCGCGUCAUGACCGUGUCGUUCCACAAGUACGGCAACUACUUCUUCCCUGGCACCGGCGACAUGUACGAGAUCGGCGCCGAGAGCGGCCGUUACUACUCCGUGAACGUGCCGCUGAAGGAGGGGAUCGAUGAUACGUCGUACAUCCAGGUCUUCAAGCCCGUCAUCUCCCAUGUGAUGGAGUUCUUCCAGCCCACGGCGAUAGUUCUUCAGUGCGGCGCCGAUUCCCUCGCGAACGAUCGACUCGGCUGUUUCAGCCUCAGCACCAAGGGGCACGGCGAGUGCGUAAAGUUCGUGAGGGACCUGAACGUGCCGUUACUGACUGUUGGCGGCGGCGGCUACACCCUGCGGAAUGUCGCCAGGUGUUGGACCUACGAGACGUCCCUGCUGGUGGACGAGCAGAUCAGCAACGAGCUCCCGUACACUGAGUACCUGGAGUACUUCGCGCCUGACUUUACCUUGCAUCCCGAGGUCGUCACUAGACAGGACAACGCCAACAGUAAGCAGUAUCUGGAGGCGAUCACACGGCACGUUUGCGACAAUCUUAAGAUGAUUCAGCACUCGCCGAGCGUGCAGAUGCACGACGUCCCGUGCGACGCGUUGCCGCCUGAGGAGGAAAGGCAGCCCGAGCCGGAUCCGGACUCGCGACAGAAUCCACAGGAUACGGACAAGAUCGUCGAACCGGCGAACGAAUACUACGCCGGCGACAAGGAUCAAGACAAGAUUGACGUGAACGAUUCGUGAUAGAGACAGUAUUACGGUUUACGAGGUCACGUGAAAAUAACGUAAGAAUCGCAUUUCGAUUCUUUGUAUAAUUCAGUAGAACCAGCGGAAUUCAAGCGCAAAUUGUAUACAUUUGGAAUUCAUCUAUGUCGAUUGACUGCAAACUGCCGUAAAACGUGCCGAGAUUAUUUUCUAUGACUGAUUCUAAGACAAUGUAAAAGAUAUUGUGCAAUUAUUAAAAAUUUUAACUUUUAACGAAACUAAUAAUAUAUAGGAACAAAAUGACAUGCGUUAUUCGAACACUUUUUAUGUACGAAAAAGAUGUAAAUAUAAAAGCUGUACAGACUGAAUUGUUUAUACCGACUGCAAAACAAGCUUAUUUUAUUCAAAUAAAUCUUGCAGAUUUUGAACAAG